AAACUGGAGCUCCCGCCAGCGGCGCCCUGGGCGUCGCCGUCCGAGCACGCGCCGGGCUGCGGGCGGGGACCCGGAGGCGGAGUGCCGCGCAAGGCUGGGCGCACGGCGCGGGUCCGAGGCGUGGGGCGCCGAGGGGGCGGGGCGCCAACUCCGGCUGUAGACGAGCUCCGCUGGGGAAGCGGCGAGGUGGAAAGAGGAGCGCGGCGGCACGCUCCGCGCCUCUGCCAGUGCCGGCCGGUCCUGAGGCGGAACCGAACCCCCCAGCCUCGUCCGCGCAGCCGCGGUCCUCGCCCGACCGCCGGGUCCCCGAGCGCGCCGGGGGAGGCCGAGGGUUUGAGGGUGUCCGUGAGAGUGAAAGGAGACCCGGAGGAAGGACACCCGGGUGCGGACGCCUCUGAGACUUGAACUUCGCCUGUCCGGAGUCUUUACGUUGUGUGCCAGCUGCUGGACGCGCUGUCCUGGAUGUAUCAACACUGCCCAAGGAUGUGAGCAGGGCGCUGGGCUCACUGAUCUGGGAAGCCCCUGGCUCCAGGUGCUGAAACCCACUCAUCUGCCCUGCCCCCAAACCUCUCUCAGCCACUCCACCUGCGGGCAUCGCCAUGGCAGCCCAGAGCAGAAACACUAGUUUCACACACAACUUGAAUCCACCCCAAGACCAUGGCUCCUCGCUUUCCUUCAACUUCAGCUAUGGUGAUUACGACCUCCCUCUGGAUGAGGAUGAGGAUAUGACCAAGACCCGGACCUUCUUCGCAGCCAAGAUCGUCAUCGGCGUGGCCCUGGCAGGCAUCAUGCUGGUCUGUGGCAUUGGCAACUUUAUCUUCAUCGCUGCCCUUGCCCGUUACAAGAAGCUGCGAAACCUCACCAACCUGCUCAUUGCUAACCUGGCCAUCUCCGACUUCCUGGUGGCCAUCAUCUGCUGCCCCUUUGAGAUGGACUACUACGUGGUACGCCAGCUCUCCUGGGAGCACGGCCAUGUGCUCUGUGCCUCUGUCAACUACCUGCGCACCGUCUCCCUCUACGUCUCCACCAAUGCCCUGCUGGCCAUCGCUAUCGACAGAUACCUGGCCAUCGUCCACCCCUUGAAGCCACGGAUGAAUUACCAGACAGCCUCCUUCCUGAUCGUGUUGGUCUGGGUGGUCUCCAUUCUCAUUGCUAUCCCAUCGGCCUACUUCACCACUGAGACCGUCCUCUUUAUCGUCAAGAACCAGGAGAAGAUCUUCUGUGGCCAGAUCUGGCCAGUGGACCAGCAGCUCUACUACAAGUCCUACUUCCUCUUCAUCUUCGGCCUGGAGUUCGUGGGCCCCGUGGUCACCAUGACCCUGUGCUAUGCCAGGAUCUCCCAGGAGCUCUGGUUCAAGGCUGUCCCUGGCUUCCAGACAGAGCAGAUCCGGAAGCGGCUGCGCUGCCGCCGGAAGACGGUGCUGGUCCUCAUGGGCAUCCUCACGGCCUAUGUGCUGUGCUGGGCGCCCUUCUACGGCUUCACCAUCGUGCGCGACUUCUUCCCCGCUGUGUUUGUCAAGGAGAAGCACUACCUCACCGCCUUCUAUGUGGUCGAGUGCAUCGCCAUGAGCAACAGCAUGAUCAAUACCGUGUGCUUCGUGACGGUCAAGAACAACACCAUGAAGUACUUCAAGAAGAUGAUGCUUCUCCACUGGCGUCCCUCCCACCAUGGCAGCAAGUCCAGCGCCGACCUUGACCUCAGAACCAGCGCAGUACCAGCCACCGAAGAGGUGGACUGUAUCCGGCUGAAGUGACCUGCAGUGUUCCGGAAUUCAAACCCUAGCUCCAGUACUUAGAGCAUCACACACCAUCAACCAAGUUAGAGGCUGCAUGGCAAGGGGCAGUUAUGUCCACAUCUUCCUGCCCUCCAGGAGCUGGAUGCUUCUAAGUCAUGACAAACAAUGAGUCCAGACACCAACUACCCCAGCUGGCAUUUGCUGAUACCUACCAAACACCCACUGUGUGCACAGGCACAAUGACAAAACUACAUGCAAGUAGCAGCGAGUGACGCGGACCACACACCUAUGGUGAGCAGACCAUCCUGGUGAGAUUGCACAAGGACAGUGGGAACUGACACUUACUGAUGACAUGCUGUGUGCAGAAGCUUUGAAAACCACAGCAAAGUGGCAGAAGCUAGUGCAGUCAUCAAGCUAGGUGGAGAUCUAUGAACGACUGGACAGAGGCCACACAUGGUUAUCUGGAACCCCCCAACCCCACUCGUGUCCCCUCCUCUGUCCCUUAUCCGUACAGGAAUGUCCAGAGGCUGCAGGAUAAGGCACUCAGACACAAUAGAAAUGCAAGGACCAGUCCAUCAUUGUGGAGUCCACCGCCUCACCGGAAGAGUUAAUGCCAACACAGUGGCCUUCCCCAUCCAGUUCCUGCUGUCUCCUGAGAUACUCUCUAGGAUGUUCUCUAGAGAACAGUUUUUCUUGCAACCAAGCCAGCCUAAUAUGGUUGUCUGCCAUAGUGUAAUUUCAAAGGGAAAGAAGCCAAAAAUGUCUUUCCCUCUGAUCCUUGGAAUCUUGUCAUUCUGUUGGCUGAAGAAGGGCAAUCCUGAGAACACAUCCAGUUCCUGAAACUUCAGAGCAAAUGAUUUCAAGGGCUCUGAGGGCUGAGGGAGAGACUAGAGAGAGGGUUGGAGGUUGCCACUGGUGAUGAACAUAUUCUGUGUGGUCACUUUGCUAAGACCAGGACCAUGUCCUAGAAUACACUUUCUUACAGAAGGAGCCCUUCUUGGAAUCCUAAGACCUGGGUUCAAGUCCUUACUCUAGGGCUCAUGUGACCUAGAUGUUUCUUUUCUGUGUCUCAGUAUGGCUUUAAUGAAUGGGAACAAUGAAGACAUCUCCUCUGCCUGAUGCUUACAGUACCAUAGGGAGAGCCCUUUGCGGUCAUAGUGUAUGAAUAUAAUUUUCAACUGUACAUGUGGUAGUAAUGAAUAGAUGAUGUUGAACCAUUUGGAGGGAGUUUGUUUAGAAACCCCACUUCCUGUGUUUUUUUAUGGAGAAACACCUCCAGUUUCUUCAUCCUUGUUCUUUGGACCAGGGACCCCUGAACUCUGCACAGUGGCCCAUCUACCCAGGAACAAAACUGGCAUCCCUGUCCCGGAAUAUCAUGAAGAAAGUGGAGCCCCAGACCCAGCAUAUCUGGGUGUUACAAAUGUGGACAGCCUUCCCAUUGUGUUGUCAUCAUGCCACCCCAGGCCUGCAUGAAGGUCAUGUCUGAGUCCAUUUGUAUUACUGCGCAUCCAAGGUGGUUGCGGGUGUGUAUUCUUUCUGACUCGUUUUGAAGCAGACCUGGUUUGAGCUUGGCCCUUCCACAUUUGGUCAACUCCUAAUUUUUUGUAAGAAAGGAAUUAUUUAGUUGUCUUGCUUGUUUUUUAAAAUUAUUUGUUGGUUCAUUUCUCCACCAGUGAAGUUUCAACCAACUAUUUUCUGUCAUCCGCCAGUGGACUCACCUUCAACCUUGGUGAAUUCAGUGCAAGCUCACUUUAGGAUCAGCCUACAAAGAGUGGCUUAUAAAUCCUGAUUGUACAAAAUUUUCACGAUGCAUUCUAACGCCAAGCAAGAGAGCAUUUUAGGUAGUACAUUUUCAAAAAUAUAAUACUUGUGUUUUUAUUUAUUACCCUUACAGAAGUCAUUUUUUCCUUUUUGUACUAAAU